AUGGCGGAAGUGAAGAAAAAGGAAAACGAAGAAUGUAAUAAGGAUGGAGAGAAGGGAGCACAGAUGUCACAAACGAAUGCUAAAAAGGCAUCCGACGUGACUGCCUAUGUAGCUGCUAUGGUCGCAUUGUGCCUAUAUGUGCCUGACCAAAUCACAUCAACAGCAUCCAAGCAUCUGACAGUAUCGCUAGAUAUACCAGCAAAAAAUACCGGUAUCUAUAUGACAAAGCUUUACGCCACAAAAACACUGGUCAACUUCACAGGAUCAUUACUCAUGUUGAUCGUGAAUAUGUUUACGCCAGCGAACAGAUGGAUCAGCUCAAUAUCAUUUUUGGUAUUGGCUAUAACAAGGAUUAUACUCUUGGCGGUAUACUUUCUCCCUCAGUCUGCCAUAUACUUCUAUUUCGUAUUCAUUGUUCAGGCUUUUAUAAGAGGACUGUUUGAAAAUAACUUCUACCCGGCUGCAGCAGAACACAUGAGUGUAAUAUCACUAUGUUACAAAGGAUCGAGAGUCUUCGUUUGGACGGCGCAGGUUAUUAUGGAUAUUGUAAUAAAGGAUAAAGCUACAUGGAUGAUUUCAUUCCACCUUGUACUAAUGACAAUCGCGACUAUCGCUGGUAUGAUAGGAUGGUUUUGGUGUAUAUUUGUUUUGUCUUUACAGAACGAGGUUUCAACGGCUGACAGCUCAAGUUCGCAAAGUAGUGGUAGUGCUAGUACCUCUGGAUCUAACACGGCUGCCAGAGAUGAAACAAUGUGGGCGGUAAUGAAACGUGUAUAUUCACCGUUCCUAAUGUGUAUGUUUGGUUGGCCACAAAAGAAUUUCUAUAGUCCUGGUAUUGUACCCUACGCUUUGGUAGAUCGGAGCCUAUGCCAUCCCAUCAAUAUCAUACUCAUGUUCUUCAGCUUCUGUGUAACAUUCACCAUACAUAUUAUCAAGACAAAAUGUGUUAGUAUCAGUAAUCCCUGGGGAGCACCACCUACAGGAUGGCAUCUUGCAUGGUUGUUUAUGAUACCAACACUCUGUUGUGUGCCCGUAAUAUAUUCGGCUAUGCACUAUCCGCUUGGAGUAAUACACAAAGCACUGCACAACAACCGAGUAACAGUCACAACUCUCGCCGUUAUCCUUGUUGGCAGCACUACAGUACUAGACAACAUGGGUUAUAUCGGAGUAUCGGCUUGUUCCAAGGACAAAUGCGGUAAACGUAGCAAAAGCGCGAUGAAAAUUAUAGCUAUGACAUCUUUCACCGCACAAUUCAUAACAUCGUUCACCUACAGGAUGAGUACCGGGUACUUAAUCUUCUGGAGGCAGCACGUAGAUGAACUGUCUAACAGGGCUCCUACGUCAAAAAUGUAUUGGUUCAAUCGAUUAAUGUUCUGGGCGGUAAAUUCAAUCAAGCAUGCGGGUUAUGAUUUUGUUAAUGAAUUUAAAGGAAACAUCAGGGAUGUAGUAGUUCAUGAUGUAGACAAUGUCUUAACCAGCGGCUGA